UAUUUAUGUUAGACUUCCUGCUUCGGAGUGUUUAGAAUGCAUGCUGUUCCGACGUUGUUCCUGAGUAAUUGUAAUUACGCGAAUUUCCUUGGUUUACGACCAACGGUUCGAGAUAUAAUAACGGUUCAUUGAAUCACAAACGAGCACCGGCGUUCCACAAGAUUUGUGCGCGGAAGAAAUUCACGAUACAGAAUCGUCGAUUCGAACUCGUAUUUUAAUGUUGUCACGAGCGAUGGAUUUAAUUGGAUGACAGUUGUGGAGCAAAGAAAAGAUUGGCGAUAGAGGUACGUUCAGUGUUCAAUUUUGUAUCGUUACCUCGAUGACAUUGCUGUUCACGUUUGUAGAUAUCGACAUUUAUAGGAUAAACCUAAUUUAAUCAUUCAACGAAUUGGGAAAUAUGUCUGUCAUAUUGCAAUGGCUCGAUCAUGGCUAGGAUGUUUGUUCGGCGUUUUAGUGCCAUCGGCGGUUUUUUAUUUAUAUUUAUUGUUAAAUGUUCCUUCCGCUGAAAUCGAUUCUUUCAAAAUCGUUGGUAAAUCGAUCGUAGACAAAGAGACCUUACACGUGGAGCGACCUAUGUUUGAGAAACCUCAUUCUGAAAAUAAUCGUAAUCAGGUAAAAUGCGAGACCAUCCACAUAGCGAUGGUGUGCGCCGGAUACAAUUCGACGUUCGCUCUGGUGACAGUAGUAAAAUCUGUUUUAUUCUACCGCACUAAACCUUUGCACUUUCACUUGCUCGUCGAUGAGAUUGCAAAGAGGACAUUGACAACUGUGUUUCGAACGUGGGAUUUACCGCAUGUGAACCUGACGUAUUAUAAGGCGGAGCGAUGGGUGCCAAAGGUGUCCUGGAUACCGAACAAGCAUUACUCAGGCGUUUACGGUCUCCUGAAAUUAAUCCUGCCAGACGCGAUGCGGGAGGAUAAAGUUGUUGUAUUCGACACGGACGUAACCGUGGUGAACGACGUUAAUUUACUUUGGCAGAUGUUCGAGAAGUUCACGAACGAUCAGGCCCUCGGGUUGACGGAAAAUCAGAGUCAUUGGUACAUAAAGGCUUUGUCUUACGGUCAGCGGCCGUGGCCAGCACUUGGCAGAGGCUUCAACACCGGCGUGAUGCUAAUGCACUUGCAACAACUUCGUACCAGAAAAUUUAUGAGUCUGUGGGAAGCAGUUACCAAACGUGUACUGUCCUAUAUACCGGAAACUAGUUUAGCCGAUCAGGAUAUAAUUAACGCCGUUAUCAAAGACCAUCCUUCCAUUGUAUAUAAAGUAGAAUGUACGUGGAACAUUCAGCUCAGCGAUCACACGAUCAGCGAUCAAUGUUAUCGCGACACUAGUCGUAUAAAUAUUGUACACUGGAAUUCGCCUCGAAAGCAGGAUGUAUAUAAUAAACAUAUUAACGAGUUUCGUAAGUUGCAUAAAGUCUUCCUUGAUAUGGAUGGGAAUUUACUGCGUAGACGCUUGUUUGGUUGUGAUAAACACGAAGCUAUGUCCGAAUACAACGAAUCGAGCCCCUGUCGAGAGUUCACUAGGGGUGCGUCCACCUUGUAUCGCACGCAUCCGUUCCUUCUCGAGUACGAGUACAAUGUAUACGCACCGACGGAUGUUGCUCUGGUAACUCAGUGCAGCGUGGAAAGGAUACCAUUGUUGGAAGAUAUAUCGAAACAUUGGCCUGGUACCAUAAGCGUCGCCCUGUACCUGACCGAUGCCGAGGUGCAGAACUUCCUGGAAUUCGUGCGUGGAUCUGUCGAAUUGCGUAAACGGAAGAACAUCGCGUACCAUGUGGUGUACAAAGAUGGGGAACUCUAUCCAAUCAAUUAUCUACGAAACAUCGCCAUGUCGUACGUAUCGUCCCCGUUUAUUUUUCAACUGGACGUCGAUUUUCUGCCGCAGUUCGGCUUACACGAAGCCCUUAUGAGCUACAUUUCUAAAUUAAACAUCACCGAGUCGGACAAAGUAGCUUUGAUCGUCCCAGCGUUCGAGACAGAGCGUUAUAGGUUUACCUUCCCUGCGAACAAAGACGAGUUGCUGAAGUUCUUGAAACGUGGAGUUUUGUACACUUUUCGUUAUCACGUGUGGACACAGGGUCAUGCAGCCACUAAUUAUAGUUAUUGGCGAAACACCAUGGAACCGUAUGAAGUGUCUUGGGAGCCAGAUUUCGAGCCUUAUAUCGUCGUGUCAAGAUUGGCACCCAAAUACGACACAAGAUUCAUCGGUUUCGGAUGGAACAAAGUAUCCUAUUUGACGCAUUUGACUGUAUUGGGUUACAAGUACAUUGUCUUGCCGGAUACGUUCAUUAUCCAUCGGCCUCACGCCCCUAGUCUUGACAUCGGCAAGUUCAGGAGCGACUCCAUUUAUAGAAGGUGUCUGAAAAAGCUGAAGGACGAUUUCGUAGAAGAACUGGUGACGAAGUACGGAGAGAGUGCGUUAUCGAAAUUGAAAAAAGUGACCAAAGAAGAAAAGAUACUGAAGUCUGUUGGAACCAAAUAAUCGACUAUAUUUAUAAUAUUUCAAAAGACUGUAAAGACUAUUUUCUCAAUAAAAAGAAUUUGCUCGAAA